AUGAAAGAAGACGAAUUCAACGAGCUCAAGCACAAUCUUGAAAAUUACAUCCCGCUGCUCCCAGAAUCAGUUAUAGACCAUUACAUGGAGAAAGCAGGCGUGGUCACAUCUGAUCCAAACAUGAAGAAGCUUGUUUCGCUUCUGGCACAUAAGUUCAUCACCGAUGUUGCCAUAUCAUCCAGACAGUACCACAAAAUCAAUCAAAAAGCUGCACAGAAGGACAAAAGAUUCGCAAACGAAAAAAAAACAACAUUCCAACUCGCUGAUCUUGAAAGCGCUCUAGAAGAAGUUGGAAUAAACAUAUCUAGGCCACACUAUUACAUCUAG